AUGCGUAUUACACUAAACCUAUUCUCAUCCGUUUCGGCCAAAGAUGCAGUCCCCUUUUCCGUCACACAAGUAGCCAUAACCCUAGAAAACUUAGAUCAACCACCAUCAACCAAGAUUCUCGGGGAAGUUAAGGAAGAUCAUCAAGAAAGAAAAGAGAAAAUCCCAGAUCAGAAAAUCGAAAGCCUCUCUUUUCCGUCCCCUCCCACGUCAAACCUUUACGAUUCACACCCAAACAUCGACGUUGUAUUGGAGUUCUUGUUUACUAUUUCCAAUUCCACCUUAAUCGACGCCUCAUUCGAUGGCCUUGUCGAAUCCAUGUCUACUGACCACAAUCCUGACCACAUAAUCAAGGUUUUCUCUAUGCUUGAUACACGAAGCCUAUUCUUUGUUGGGGCUACCUCAUCGAAGAUCAAACCCAUCAAAGACCCCAAGAACAAAGAUGUUAUGGUAUCUACAAUCUUUCAACGAGCUGGAAGUGCGAUUCAAGGGCAAACUUGGAAUACCCAACAGUACAAAAUUAGAUUGCAAAUAUCUCUACUAAUAUGUUGGUGGAGGAAAAGAAAGAAUCGGCUAUGCAUGCCACAAAUUACUGAUGUGCUUCUUGAAAUUGAGGAGGAAAAAGCAAUACGGUCCACGUCCAAAACACAAAAAGCUUCUGUAGAAACCAUUAAAAGAAAAUCAAAGUUUUAUAAUGAUGAAAUUGCUUUGUUAACAAAUACAAUAUUAGAGGUGAGGAAUAAAUGCAAGAUUAACACAUGAAACUGGCUUUACAGGAAAAAAGGGGUGUGGAGAAAGCAAUCAGGUUUACCCAUAUCCUUUAGGAUUCAUGUUUUUAGGCCAAGGGUAUUUUUGUCUUUUGAUACGUUUAGUUACUUGUAGCCUGGUACAGUGUGGAGAACACUUAAAUUUACAAACUAAAGAAUGAUCUUAUACUACCAUGAUGUAAGUUCUAUACAUUUAAAUAAGCUAUAUUCCACUUCAUACUAAUUUGUGAUUAUACAUAAUUACAUACUUUAAUUAUAUAUUAUAUUACAUCUAAUAACUUUUUAGUCAUUUAGGC